UCAAUCUUUAAUUGCUACAUCCUAGUCACAAUGAGUUCAGCAUACGAAGAAUCUGAAGAAGUCGCAGUCACGUCGCAGAACACGACUCAUGCACAUUAUGGAUCGUGUGCGGUCUGUGCGAGGGCAAAGAGCAAAUGUGUGAGGCGUCCAGGGAACAGCAGCUGCGAUAGAUGUACACGACUACGAAAGGUCUGCCAGACCCGGGAGCCAAUGAAACGCAGACGCAAGGCAAGAAAGGUGACACGAUCCGCUCAAUUGCAGCAUCUGGAGGCACAGCUUGCAGACAUCACUGAAGCUCUAGCCAACAAACAUGCGCUGGAGGCAUCUUCAGAAUCGGGAAUGCAUACUUCCACAUUGCAGCAGGCGACAAGAUUACAUGAGAAGAGUAAUAUUGUGUGUCAGGCACCACUGACCAUGACUCCAAGCGCUACCGGAUCUGUCGGUACUACUGUCUCUGUCCGCGACGCAACGCUGGGGAUGGACGAUCCCGACCAUGCAUCAACGGAAUCGAACGAAACAAGUACCGACACCCUAUUCGAUCGCUACCAGAGACUGAUGGCACAUCAUAUGCCUUUUGUGGUGUUUCCAACCGGUACCGAUGUUUCAAACUUGACUAAGAAUAAGCCGUUCUUGUUGCAGGCUAUCAAGAUAGCGGCUUUCUUCCAUGAUACUGCAGCCCAACAGAUCAUGGUGAAGGAUCUUAUACGAGAGAUCUCGGAGAGGGUGUUGAUCAAUGGUGAGAAAUCACUCGAUCUGCUACAGGGUAUGCUAGUGAUUGGAAACUGGUAUAAUCUGCAUCUCUUCGCACCACCAAGCCACACAGUACUUCUGCACCUUACCAUGGCGCUCGCUCACGAUCUGAAUAUCGAUCGCGCACCAGGCUUUUGUGAGAAGGCAGCUCUAAUGGCAGCGUCACAAGCGCACGGCGUGCCACAGCCGGCGAAGGUCAUAACGAACGACGAGCGACGUGCAGUUCUUGGACUGUUCUAUUUAACCUCGCAGGUAUUCACGUCCUUCCGUAAGAUCGACACCCUGAACUGGACUCCAUGGCUUACAGCUUGCGUUGAUGUACUAGCGCAGACUCGAGAAUACGAAAGCGAUCUUUUGCUUCUACACCUAACGCAGAGUCAGCGCAUCAUGCAAGAAGCCAUGGCUACCGACUGCGACCAUGCUCCAGUGCAACUAUAUGCCAAAUCGUUCUUGAGCGAUCUCGACAGGGUUGCACUAGAAUCUGGAAUCGGAGCGACGGCGAUGGUAUCGCGUUUGCAGCAAGCUUGCACCCGGACUGCGAUCUGGGAACGCUCAUUCGGGAAUCUCGCCACCUACACAGUCAAAGGAAUAGACCUACGGCAGCGACUAGACGGAAUUUGGCAAUGUAUGGACGCGGCCAGAAGGUACACAGAGAUAUAUUUAGAACUACCCAUCGAGGACUAUCUUGUCGUCCCAUUCGGCGUGUUCGCGCAGUUUGCGUACAUAUUCGUUGUGCUUGUUCGAGCAAGCCUGAUAGAGAUGGAUGGCUGGGAUGUUCAAGCUCUUAGAGAGUUCGUUGACUUUUCGACACUUCUCGGCGAGGCUUCUCGACGGUACGAUGCUGUAUCGCAGGCUCAUCCUGAUGGGUUGAACCUGAACAACGACGCCUUCGCGAAGUGGUCUGCGAAGAUCAAGUGGGCAAAAUCUUUCUUUGACACAAAAUUGUUGUGUUUGGAUUCAAACGUACCGACAACAAAUCAGCCUACGUUUGAGGUUAGGGCCACUGACGCGGACAAACCUCAUGCACCGUACUCAGCUCCUCUUGCCCCUUUCGAAGCUCUAGAAGAGCCGACAUCGAAUUCAUUCGCAGCUUUCGAUGACUGGGGCAGUUUUGCUGACCAAUCAGUCCUCCUUGAAGACAUGGACUUCGAAGUAUCCAACGUGUAGAACAAAGAGGAUGGGCCCGCACUUCGGAAGCGGAAGCUCAACAAACCCAGCUAUAGGCAACACGCAUGCGAUAUCAUCGGUGAAAGAACGAGUUUGGACCCAAUCAUGGG